UGAUUAUACGCAGCAGGAAUAAUAAUUCAGCAAGAACUUUGCCCCAAGAACGUUGCAAACGAUGUAAAGUUAACUCGUGUUACUGUAUUCAAAACAUACUAAACCACUAGAAUUUGCGUUAAAUUUCACUAACAGCUCGAACCUCGUGGGCGUUGACAAAACUACAACUUCAUGGUUUGUUUUGUAUUGAUGAAGUACGCUAGCGCAUUUCUCCGGUCUCUGGCUGUUCAGCGUAAAGAACAAACCCUAAAAAUGUCUUCUGCUGUUCACGAGAAUGUGAAGAAUUAUUAUGGCUCUCGGCUGGAGACUUCAGAUGACUUGCAGACCAACGCUGCGUGUGUUCUGCCCUCCAAACCCCUGGCCAAGACCGCAUGUGAAGCCCUCAAACAAGUUCACCCGGAUGUUUGCAAGAGGUAUUUUGGCUGCGGUCUGGUGAUUCCAGAGAAGCUGGAAGGAUGUAAAGUGCUUGAUUUGGGCAGUGGAUCGGGCAGAGACUGCUUCGUCCUCAGCAAACUAGUGGGAGAGAGGGGUCAAGUCAUUGGACUGGAUAUGACAGACGAAAUGAUAUCCGCCUCACAAAAAUAUGUCCAGUACCAUCAGGAGAAGUUCGGAUACUCAAAACCAAACACUGUGUUUGUAAAAGGAUACAUGGAGAAGCUCAGUGACGCAGCAAUACAAAACAAAUCAUUGGAUGUACUUGUGUCGAACUGUGUUAUAUGUCUGUGUCCAGAUAAAAGAACUGUUUUAAGUGAAGCUUUCAAAGUUCUUAAGGAAGGUGGAGAGUUGUACUAUAGUGACAUGUAUGCAAGCAAAGCAGUUCCAGACUCUUUCAAGGAAGAUCCAGUUCUGUGGGGAGAGGGAAUGGCUGGCGCCCUCUACUGGCGAGAUCUCAUCACUCUGGUGAAAGACAUCGGUUUCAGCACUCCACACCUGGUUGCAGGAAGUCACAUUGUGGUUCACAACUCAGAACUUCAAAGAAAGAUUGGUGAUGUCAAAUAUGCAUCUGGAACUUAUCGGAUCUUUAAACUUCCUCAAAACUCCACCAAAAGCAAAGCUCUGGUCACAUAUAAAGGCAGCGUGCCUGACUGUGCCGACUGUUUUGAAUUUGAUUCUUCUCAUUCUUUCAAGACAAAUGUCCAAGUGCAGGUGGAUGCAGAGAUGGCUGCCAUCCUCCAAAACACACGCUUCUCCACAGACUUUGACAUUACCAUUUCAGAAACUCUAGAUCCAAACGAGAACGCUACUCCACAGGUUUGCCACCUUAGCCCGUUCCUUCUUGCUGAUAAACUGGGCUCUUCAGUCAAGCAGUGCUCAAAGACAGGACACUGAGGCAACCUGGCGGUGUUUAAGUGAAGCUCCUCAGAUUUAGCACAUCGUCACACAGAUGAGCUGAGAGGUCAAUGAGUUCCUGGGCUGCCAGAGAGACUGCCAAGUACAUCCAGACACACUCUAUUAAAUGCAUUAUAAAACUGUU